UCAUCUGUACAAGCUUGAUCCUGUUGUUACUGAUGGUGUGUUGAGAGUGGGCGGCAGACUGAGCAAAGCAGCAUUACCUGAAAAAACAAAACAUCCUGCAAUAUUGCCCAAAGAAAGCCAUGUUUCAAAGCUCAUUCUUCAACACAUCCAUGAAAAAGUUGGACACAGAGGAAGAAAUCACAUGCUUUCUACCCUUCGGCGACAGUACUGGAUCCCUCAUGCUAAUUCAGCAGCCAGAAAGAUCAUCAGAAACUGUAUGGUGUGUCAAAAACAACGACAAAAGCCAGAUUCCUGCAUAAACGCCAUCAGGAGAUUCAUCUGCCGCAGAGGACAAGUCAAGGAAAUCCGGUCGGACAACGGAACCAACUUUGUCAGCUCAAAUCGUGAGUUGAAGCAAGCCAUGUUGGAGCUAAAGCAAAGCAACAUCCAAAAAUGCUUAGCACAAGAUGGCAUAAAGUGGACUUUCAACCCUCCUUAUGGAGCCCAUCAUGGUGGUGUAUGGGAGCGCCUGGUGCAGGAAAUAAAGAGAGUACUGUGCUCCAUCACAAACCAGCAAGUACUAGACGAUGAAGGCUUGCACACAGUUUUAUGUGAGGUGGAGGCUAUAUUAAAUGAUCGCCCGAUUACACCUUCUUCUGAAGAUCCCAAUGAUUUAGAGGCUCUUACUCCAAAUCAUUUGCUCCAGUUAAAAGGUAAGCCUGUGCUGCCGCCAGGUUUGUUCAAAAAGGAGGACCUGUACAUACGGAGACGUUGGAAACAAGCCCAAUACAUUGUGGAUCUGUUCUGGAAACGGUGGGUGAAAGAAUAUCUCCCCAUGUUGCAAGAACGACGGAAAUGGAACAAGACUCGCAGGAACUUUGCCAUUGAUGAUGUGGUGCUAAUUGUUGACGAGGCUGCUCCAAGAAAUUCUUGGCCUAUUGGACGCAUCACAGAAACCAUGGCCGAUGCAUGUGGAUUGGUACGACGUGUUCGGGUCAAGACGAGAACAAAUGAGCUGGAAAAGCCGAUUAACAAGAUAUGUCUCCUGCUGGAGGCUGUGUAGAGACAACAGCAAACGUUUGUCUCCAACUGAGCUAAGUUCUAGAACCUCUGGCUCUACAUUUACACUGAUACUCAUUUACUGACAUGCUGAACAUCUCAUUCUGCUACAUACACUUUUUUAUACACACACAGACCAUACACAUGGACAAGAGAAGAACAUGGAAGUCAUGGAACACUGACUGUUUUUGCUUUAUUUAUUUUUUCACUAAGAAGACAUAUGGACUGCAAAAAUUGCUUUAUUUUUUAUUAAGAAGACAUAUGGACUGCAAAAAAAAAAAAAGUGUAUCAUGGACUGUUGCAUAAGUUUGUUUAAAUAAUUUUUGUAAAUAGAAAGAUAUUGAAGAGCUAAUUCUGCUAAUGUUGAUAUAAAUUUUGCAUUGGUUAUUG